AUGAAGUAUUCCUAUAAGUUCAGUAACCUGUUGGGGACUUUCUAUCGCCGCGGGAACCUCACCUUCACCCCGGACGGCAAUUCCCUCCUCAGCCCCGUGGGCAAUCGCCUGAGUGUCUUCCAUCUCAAGAAUAACAAGGCGGAGACUUUACCUCUGGCCUCCCGCUGUAACCUCUCCUGCGUGGCCCUGUCCCCAGACGGCUCUCUGGCAAUCCUGGUAGAUGAAGCGUUCCUCUCUUCUCUCUGCAGGAAGUUCGUGGUGUGUCGGGGUUCCCUCGCUCUCAUGUAUCACGCUCCGGGGAAGCGACGAGAAUUUAACGCCUUCGCUUUGGAUAAAACCUUUUUUGGUCCCUACGAUGAGACGACGUGCAUUGAUUGGACGGACGACUCCCGGUGUUUUGCGGUGGGCAGUAAGGACAUGAGUACCUGGGUGUUCGGUGCCGAGCGCUGGCAGAACCUCCUUUAUUACUCGCUGGGCGGCCACAAGAACGCCAUCGUGUCCUGCUACUUCCUGGAGGACAGUCUGGAUGUAAGAGAUGCUGAUUG